CUCUGCUCUGAGCUCUGCGCUACACAUCCUCCCCAGACUGCCUCGACGUUCGCGUUCGGAUCCCUCGACGCGUGUGAAGACAGGGAAGCAAUUCUUAGUGUUGCCCUCACGCCUCCCCGCCCGACUUGUCUGCUCCUGCGCGACAGGAGCUCAAGCAGCCAGCCAUGAGGACGAAGCAGCCCGCUGCGCCGUUUUCGCAUGCCGAGUUUGAACUUCUUCCCAAUGCAGUCCAGAGAAAAUACUUCUCGUCACUCGAGCGUCUUCGCCUUGCAGAGGAGCACUCGCUCCAGCAACAAAACCACCCCCACCACCAGCACCGCCGCCGGCAGCCGUCCGCAACCUUCUCACCCCGCUCCUCGCGCCCGUCGUCCAGCAGCGCACCUCAUCGCUCGCUGACCUUGGGAUCUGCACGCCGCCGACUCAGGAAACCCGAGAGCCUUCGCCAGGAGUACGACAUCUCCCAGGCUGAGGCGCAUUUCUUCCUCUCCCUCCCUGAGAAGGUCCGCAAGCGGCACUUCUCCCGCGAAGAGCAGGUGUUGCUCGCUUCACGCUGCGACAACCCGUUCAUCCUUGGCACCCAAUUGUCGUCUCGAGAGAAGAAGCACCUUGACGACUUCCAGUUCGACUUCUUCGACGACUCGGAGAGCACUCCCUCGCGCGGCCGUUCUCGGAGAAGAUCUUCGUCUGUCAGUCCCAGCCGAGAUCCCUCCAGACCAGCAGAAGAGGUUGAUAAAGACGAUAGCCUGAAUAGCCUUAUAUAUCUGGACAAGAUGUCUCCGCCCAUGUCCCAACAGACCUUGCCACACUCCACGCCCUUCCGGCGCACUCUGUCCCUUACCAGCAUGAGCUUCCGUCAUUCGACGUCCUCAGCACCCACGGUGGCCUCCCCGCCUCUCUUCUCCCUUGGUCCACAACCAUGGCGCCCAAGGGCUUCAUCUCAGACUCAAUCGGGACGUCGAUCAUCUCACACUCCCACCACUCCUGUAUUUGACCCCGAGGCGACCCACUACCAAGACCCCGAGGCGAGGAAGAAGCUCCGAAUGUACCUGUCCUCAGCGCAGAAGUUUGAUGAGGCUGUCGAGUUUGGCUUCCCGUCCGUUGCCGGCAAGGAUGAGACCGUCCCUCGCUACCAGCUCCCUCCCAUCACCACUGACGCCCGCAACUUCAGCAAAGACAUGCAGACCUUCCUUCGCGAUGACAAGAUGUCUUUCCUAGAAGAGAUCGACGAUAGCGAGAUCCCACCUCACUCUGAUGGCGAGUCUGUUACCGACGUCGAAUCUCCCGUCACUCCCUCCAGCACAGGCCUUUCCUUCCGCUAUCAUUCUCCGCAUGUACCGUCAUCGAAUUUCUCUUCUAUGGACUCUACAGGUCUACCUCCCGUGCAUCCCAUACAUGGCCGCCUGAACCGAGAAAUGACGCUCCGCAUGACACUCACACGGCCCGACCUUCGCGCCGACGAGGACCAGUUGUAUGGCUGGCAGGCUCUCAAAGGCGGCAAAGAUGAUCCAUUUGCGCUUGAGGAGCUGCACCUCUCAGACGACAUGACGGGUGCGAAGGGUCCAUUUGCCGUCAAGCCCAAGCAACAUGGGAAUCUCGUAACCCGGUUGUUUAAGCGGGCAAGCAAGAAGGGAUCACGGUGAUGGUAAUACUAAGCUGUUCCUUCUUACGUUGCAAGAAUGACGAGGUAUAUGUGCUUGAUGGCUUACGAUGAGAUCAGGAAGGCGAAUGACAUGCGAUGACACGCGGGAUGCAUAACGAUGGGAUGGGAUGGAAUGGCAGCACGAAUGUUUCUACAAUUUCUCUUCUAAUACCUCUCUAUUUCUCAACCACCUUUCCUAUAUUUACCCUUUUUCCUCUCAUCAUGUGCUGCAAUUUAGCGGGCGUUCUCGUGUUUCUCCGGUCUGGGUCUCUUAGGUCGAUCAUGUGGCAUGGGAAGACAAUUACCGGAUCUCUUCCAUGUAUAAUACUUACAUGUGUACCGAG